ACAGCAACCGCCAACUCGUUUUCUGCUCACCCUUUCACUACCUUCUCUGCAAAUCCCACAUCGCCUAUCACAAUGGGUCUCUCGUUCUCCAAGCUCUUCGCCAGUCUUUUGGGCAAGCGCGAAAUGCGCAUUCUUAUGGUCGGUUUGGAUGCCGCUGGUAAAACCACCAUUUUGUACAAGUUGAAGUUGGGAGAGAUCGUCACCACCAUCCCAACAAUCGGCUUCAACGUUGAAACCGUUGAGUACAAGAACAUUUCAUUCACAGUUUGGGAUGUCGGAGGACAGGAUAAGAUUCGUCCCCUGUGGAGGCAUUACUUCCAAAACACCCAGGGUAUCAUCUUCGUCGUCGAUUCCAACGAUCGAGAGCGUGUGUCAGAGGCCCGGGAAGAACUCCAGCGAAUGUUGAACGAGGACGAACUUCGGGAUGCUCUUCUGCUCGUCUUUGCCAACAAGCAAGAUUUGCCCAACGCCAUGAACGCCGCCGAGAUUACCGACAAGCUCGGUCUCCACGGUUUGAGACAACGAACUUGGUAUAUCCAGUCCACCUGCGCAACCUCUGGAGACGGCUUGUACGAGGGUCUCGAGUGGUUGAGCACCAACUUGAAGCGCCGAACUUAAUCGACCUCUUCCCUAUUCACACUUACGGGUAGCCUAAUGAGUCGUUACGUGUAUAACGACCUUCACGAUACCGGAGACGUAUUUCCUGCUGUUUAUCCUCUAUUACU